CCCCCGCUGCCACCCCCGCUGCGGCCGCCCCCGGGCCGCCCCCCAGCAGCUCCGUCAAGGCGGCCGUCCGCAUCUUCGAGCAACAGCAACAGCAGCCGCAGAAGCAGAAGGAGAAACAGAAACAGAAGCUGGUGGCAGCCCGUAAUGGCAUGGUGCACGUGCCGGGUGAGUGCAGCGCAGAACUGCUGCGUGUGAUUGCGAGCCUGCGCUCAUCGGCCACCGCCCGCAGUGUCCUGCUGCUCCGGGAUCCUGGCAGCACUGCCACUUCCACCACCAUUGCACCGGCUCCCUGUGCCGGCAGCAUCAGCGGCCGCCGUCGCGUCAGGCCUCGCUUCGAGGUCGCCUCUGCCGCUUCUAAACCCACAAUCCCAACGAAGCCUGUGGGAGAUGAGAAAGUGGCUGCACAGGAUGUACCUGAAGUCCCUCAUGGCUGUGAGACCGUCCCAAAUGGUGGAUACUUGGGGCGGAAGGAGAUGUUCUCCCUCCUGACCCAAUCAGAAGGAAAGAGCAAAGCCAGGGAAACCUCUGACCAAAGCCAAAGCACCUCAAAUGGGAAGACAACAGUUUACCUGAGUAAUAAUUCAGGUAGCCCCACAUCUACAACUGAUGGACAGAGUCCUGAAAUUGUGGAGAAGCCUCCACAUGUCCCUCUCCAGAAAAGUGGAAAUACAAGUGUUGUAAUGAUACAUGGAAGUUUGUCUCGAGAAACGCAAGCAGUUUUCAGUGUAACAAGUACUACAGAGACAGAACUGGGGAUGCUUACAACAGUAGUGACUACAGCUGUGGUAUCUAAUGUGGAUGCAGAGCCAACGUUGGCAGUGUCAUCGUCAUCAUCAUCAUCAGCAGCAGCAGCAGAGCCAACAACAACAACAACACUACCAACAAUUACAACAACAACAACAACAACAACAACAACAACAACAACAACAACAACAGAAGAAGAAGAAGAAGAAGAAGAAGAAAAAGAAAAAGAAGAACCAGAAGAAAGAAGAGCAGCAGCAUCACCACCACCACCGCCACCACUGCCGCCACCCCCAUCAACAACUACUACUACUACUACUACUGCUAUUAAAGGUGUUGGAAGCAAACCAGUGAGGAGUCCUACAUAUGUCCGAACGGUGGCUCGGCCCUUGCCAGGAAGCAGGUUGUCAGUCGCUGGAACAGCGAGUCCACUGGAUUCUCCAGAGGAACAAGAUUCUCCAGCAAGUGUGGUACAUGAUGUGAAGCCAAACGCUUCUUUCCUUUGGCGAUCGAAUCAACCGGCAAAACUGACAACAGUGAGCAGCACUGAUGUUUACAGGAAUGAAGGGGAUAAUGGAAAACAGGCUACAUCAAAUGAGCAACAAAAUGUAAAGCCUGAAGAAUUUACCUAUGAUGAUGUUGGGCGUCCAUAUUCUCCUGUCUACGAUGAUGUUGGUCCAGGCUCAGGAAGAAGGGCAGAGUCUGAAAACAGUUCUGAAGCUGGUGGUAGUGGCUAUGAAGAGUGCUGCAUGGAGAAAGGACAAAUGAGUGGUGGACAGGGAGAUAACCACAUUGAAGAAGACAUUUAUGAUGAUGUUGAUGUUUGCACACUUACAGCACAGUCUGACUUUGAAUGUUAUGAAUCUAUUUGUGGGGGUAGUUCGUGUGAUCAAAGCAACAGUCUUUAUGGUGUUGCAUCUACAAUUAUUGCAGAGGACAGCAGUGGAUCGGGAAACAGUAAUGUGGCACCCCGCAGUGAGACAAGCGAUGAGUGGGUCGAUAUAGAGCAGUCAGACUGCGAUACAACUGCCUCCACCCCGACUAUCCUACUGGUUCAAGACAGGAUGAGAACUCGAAGGAGCCCAUCGUGGUCACACCAGGUGCGACAGACGUGGAACAAGUCGCUGUCACAGAACAGACUGUCACAGGAGGAAAAUGUUGACAGUGAUGGUGUCUGCAUCUCGUCCCCUUCACUCAUUUACCUGGGAGGUGCGAGCUGCCUCCCUGCUGGGAACCGGGAACCCCCUGUCCGGGGUCCCGCGCCAGUGAAUGCCCGCCUCGUGCUGUGGGUCGGUGGCACAAGGGAGUGUCAGGAAAUGGUGGCGUUUCUUGACAGGGAAGGUGAAGAAAACUCAUCGGGCUCUGACACGGAUCAUCAUUACGAGAUGCUGGAUGACAUUGUGGCCAAAAAUAAUCUCAAUAACAAUGAGAUUCCGUUUGAUGAUUUUGAUUCAUUCGAUUCAGAUGAAUCUGAUGAUACCUACAUCAGAUCGUUGGAAAAGAUUGAGACAAAUGGUAUCCACCGCCGAUUACCAGCUCCUCCUCCGCAGCAGAAUGUAUAUGGCAUCACAAAAAUAGCAGAGGCUGCUGGAAAGAAAAUGCUUAAACUUCGGAAGAGCUUUGGAAGGAUGAAGUCGGCAAAGAGGAGUACUGCUCAGCUUUCACCCAGUGGCGGCCAGACACCUCUGGCAACCCCUGCAGCCACUGUCGCCAUUCCUCUGGUCGAACCCUUGCCAGCCGCCACCACUGCCUCACCUCCACAACCACCGGAGUCUCGUCUACAGCGAGAGGCUCCUCAACCGGACUCGGGCAGUCGGGUUCCUGCGAGGAGUCGCAAGUACUGGUCACUGCGAAAGUUCCGUAGAACUACAUCGGUCGUUUCGGCAUCCCAGGCCUCGGUUGCCACUUCGAUUGCCAAUUCUCGAAAGACAAGUUCCACUUUUUACCUGGCUACAGGAGGAGAAGCUUCUAAAGACGAUGACAGCAGUACGGGGAAGGAGUACGACGGGGUGACUGGUGGACCGGACCGCCGUGCCAGCAGCCCCGCGGUCACCUCGCAGCCGCAGCCUGCCAGCUCUGUGCUCAGGCCCAGCGAGCCUCCUCCGCUGCCACCCACCGCUGCUCUUGCAUCUGCUCCUGCUCCCAUGGCAGCCUCACAAGUGCCGACUGCUGUUUCUAGAAGGCCAAACAAAAAGGAUAAGAAGGAAAGAACAGGAGGAAGCACCUCCUGGUAUGCUGAAUGUGGACUGUUUGAUGGUGCAACAGAAGCAGAUGAUAAAUCAGGCAGCAGACGGUCCGCAGCAGUGGCAGGUGGAGGCAGUGGCAGCGGGAGCAGCUGGUAUGCGGAAGCUGGGCUGUGGGGCUCGCUCACUUCUAGUCCCAACAGCAGUGACACCUCCGAGCAAGACAACUCUGGACAAGGAACAGUGAGUGCUGUUACGGAAACAUCAGUACCUGAUACCAGUCGUGAAAAUGGCGAGGAAAACCAAACGUGUUUCAGAGACGAACCACUCUACCAGUUCUACAAUGCCGAUGCUGUCGAGAGGUACAUGCGCGGUGGCAGUGAAAUGGAUUCGGAUGGAUAUGAGGAAGUAGGGCAGGGGCAACAUCCUGAUUCGACCUCACCAUCUGUUGUAAUAAAAAGACCAUCUGCUAUGGAGCUUAUCUGUCCCCAAGAAGGUCAACGUACCCUCUGGUGCCAAAUACCAGAAGUUGUUAACAGUGCUGUUCUCAGUACUCUCAGUUCCCAACAGAAGAGGCUACAGGAAGCAAAAUUUGAAAUUAUAACGUCUGAAGCAUCAUACAUGAAUUCCCUGAAUGUUUUGGAGAAGCAUUUUAUGAGCAGUCCUGAACUAUGUGACGAGUCAGUACUUUCUAAAAAUGACAGGAGGGUACUGUUUGGGAAUGUUAUGCCAGUGAAAAAUUGCUCGGAAAAAUUUCUGUCAGAACUGGAGCACUGUUGGCAAGAUGAUGUUCUCCUGCAAGGUAUCUGUGACAUUGUCUACAAACAUGCUACAGGGCACUUCAACAUAUACAUUAAAUACUGCUCUAACCAAAUAUAUCUGGAUCGAACUUUGAGAACAUUAAAGGAGCAACAUGGGAAGUUUGCUGAGGCCCUGAAAAAGCUGGAAUCCAGUCCCGGUUGUCAGAUGCUGACGUUACACUCAUUCCUGAUGCUGCCAAUGCAGAGGAUCACGCGACUACCACUUUUGGUGGAUGCCGUGUUGGCCAAACUUGAUCCCGAAGAUUCGGAGUACCGUUCAUGCGAAAUUGCACUUGCUGCACUUAACAAGGUGGUUCACGAGUGUAACGAGGGUGCCCGUCGUAUGGAACGCAUGGAGGAGAUUCUUAUCCUCAGUCGCCAGUUGGAAUUCGGGCGGGACGUUCGGCCUCUGCCAAUUAUUUCAAGCUCCCGGUGGCUGGUGCGGUCUGGUGAAGUGACUCAGCUAGUGUGGCGUGGAGAUGACAAGCUGACCUUUGGGAAACGACUUGGCAAGAUUCCAUUACAUCUGUUCCUGUUCACAGAUCUUCUCAUUGUCACAAAAAAGAAAAGUGAGGAGACGUACACUGUGCUCGAUUACUGUCCCCGGAACUUAGUGCAGAUGGCAAGUGCAGAGACUGUAUCGCACCUUCCUGUGAAGUAUGGAGCUGAUGCAGGCCGCAACUUGAUUUUGCUCACAAUGCUGCAAAACUAUGAGAACAAAAUGACUGAAAUGGUUCUCUCUUGCGGUCUCGAAUCAGACCGCCAGCGGUGGCUGGAAGCUGUAGCUGAGCCACAGUCGGACAACCCUGACGAGACAGUGUACGAGGAGUGGGACUGUCCCCAGGUCCGAGCUGUCCAUGCCUACGCUGCGCGUCAGCCUGACGAACUGUCCCUGGAUGUCGCAGAUGUCGUUAAUGUUUUGCGAAAAGUGGCUGAUGGUUGGUACCAGGGAGAAAGAAUAAGAGAUGGUGAGCGAGGUUGGUUUCCAGCGAAUCAUACUGUGGAAAUAGCUUCAGCACACAUCCGUGCAAAGAAUUUGAAGCAGAGAUAUCGCCUCUUGGCUCUAUCUGCCAACUUCCUUGAGUCACAACGAAAACAAAAAUGACAGGUCUUCCACAGUUGACUGAUAUUUGUGGAGGUGUAUUAUAUCAUUGUUGCUGAAAUGCCACACCUCUGUGGAUAUUGUUCAAGAGGAAGAUAGAGUAAGGAGGUGUGUGUGUGUGUGUGUGUGUGUGUGUGUGUGUGUGUGUGUGUGUGUCCAUAGAACAUCAGUCUGUUCUUAUUAUUGAGACCCUGUCAGUAUUGUGUACAUUCCAUUCCUGUUGUGCUGUUUUUCAGCAGAGCAAAUGAAGUAAGCUUGAAAACUGAUUGUGCCUUUCUUCCUGUCUCAUAUUGCAUUGGAAAUUUUUAUUCUUGGUUCAAGUGGUAGCUUUAUCUUCAUGGAAUUUCUGAAUAUGUGAAAGUCUAGCAGGAUGACUGCGUAACUUUUUUUGUAAUUUUUUGUUACCUACAUUACACUAUACUUAUAGGCACAUAGUUUUUGUGGCAUUUUAUUGAUACAAUCGUUUUCUGGUGCAAUAAUUCUUUAAAUAAAAGACUGAAUUUUUAAAAUGAUUAAAAGACAGAAUUAACACAUCCAGUAGUGCUGUGUACAAAAUUCUAAUUUUUCUCUGGAAAUCACGAUAUUAUUUGUGGAGCUUACAGAAGUGAUGCUCUUGGAUUGCAGUGUACUUUUUUUCUUGUGUUUGGAGGGCCUCUUGCAGGCAGAAGACAAGAACUUGACUGUGAUGAUGUAGUAGUCAUAAUUACAUCACAAUGAUCAUUCAGUUUACACUAAACAAGAAAACAUUCUGGUCACACUGCUCACCAUAUUUAUUACAAGUAAAUUUUAGAAUAUAAAUAUGUAAAAAAGAUCUGUUUUUAUUGCAAAUUGAUUCCAGUUUGUUUAUAUUUUGAAAUGAAUAUGUAUAUUUUAUAAAUAUGUGAAUAAAAUUUAAAGCUGUUUUUGUCAUUA